AUGUCCGAUUCUCAACAGUCUAUCGAAGUUCUAAAUGAACUGUUCGAUCAAUUGGCUAUUGCUACUUCAGAAAAUAGAGACGAAAUCUCUUCGGAAUUAUCUACUUUCUUAAAUGGUAACAUUAUCGAACAUGAUAUUCCUGCUCAUUUCUUCGAUCGUCUAUCAAGGGGAAUCAAAGAUAAAUCAAAAACAAUAAACGCAAUGGAUGCUAUUGCUUACAUUGCUAAUGAAACUAAUCUUUCUCCAUCUGUAGAACCUUACAUUGUCGCUUUAACUCCUUUGAUCUGUGAAAAGACAGGCGAUAAAGAUAAGGAAAUUCAAUCCAUUGCUACAAGAGCAUUAUUAGCAAUCACUAAUGCAAUUAAUCCAGUAGCAAUUAAAGCAUUUUUACCUCAUUUAGUCAAUUCUCUCUUGGAGACAAAUAAAUGGCAAGAAAAAUGCGCUGUUUUAAAUGCUAUUGCAAUUUUAGUUAAUGUCGCUAAAGAACAAGUCGCUCUAAGAAUGACUGAAUUGAUUCCAGUUCUUUCUGAAGCUAUGUGGGAUACAAAAAAGGAAGUUAAAGAUAUCGCUACAAAGACAAUAACAAAGACAACUGAAACCGUUGAAAAUAAAGAUAUUGAAAAAUUUAUUCCUGAAUUACUUAAUUGUAUUGCUGAUCCAUCAAAAGUUUCAGAAACUGUUCAUCUAUUAGGUGCAACAACUUUUGUUUCAGAAGUUACCCCAGCAACCCUCUCCAUUAUGGUCCCAUUACUUUCAAGAGGUUUAAAUGAAAGAGAUACUUCCAUCAAACGUAAAUCUGCUGUUAUUAUUGAUAAUAUGUGUAAAUUAGUGGAAGAUCCACAAGUCGUAGCACCUUUCUUAAAUAAAUUAUUACCUGGUUUGAAAAAUAAUUUCCAAAAUAUUGCUGAUCCUGAAGCAAGAGAAGUUACAUUGAGAGGUUUAAAGACUUUAAGAAGAGUCGGUAACGUUGGUGAAAAUGAUCAAUUACCAGAAAUUUCUCACGCUGGUGAUAUUGAAACAACUUUUGCAAUCAUUAAAAAAUUAUUAUUAUCUGAAAAAUUCGAUGAAAAAAGAUUCAAAAUUGUUCUCGAUUAUGUAGCCGCCAUUGCUGGUAAUUUAAUUGAUGAAAAAAUUAUUGAUCAACAAGCUUGGUUAACUCAUGUAACUCCUUAUAUGACAAUUUUCUUACAUGAAAAGAAAGCUAAAGAAAUCGUUGAUGAUUUUAGAAAAUUGGCAGUGGAUAAUAUUCCACAACAACCAAAUUUCAAUGAUGAAGAAGAUGAUGAAGCUGAAGAUCUUUGUAACACUGAAUUCUCAUUGGCUUAUGGUGCUAAGAUUCUUUUAAACAAAACUCAAUUAAGAUUGAAAAGAGGUAAAAGAUACGGUCUUUGUGGUCCAAAUGGUGCAGGUAAAUCUACUUUGAUGAGAGCAUUGGCUAAUGGUCAAGUUGAAGGUUUCCCAACUCAGGAUGAAUGUAGAACCGUUUAUGUGGAACAUGAUAUCGAUAACACUCAUUCAGAAACAAGUGUUCUGGAUUUCGUCGUUGAAAGUAGUGACGUCGAAGGUACAAAAGAACAUAUCGUUGCCAAAUUACAAGAAUUCGGUUUCGAUGACGAUAUGCUACAAAAACCAAUUCAAUCAUUAUCUGGUGGUUGGAAAAUGAAAUUAGCUUUAGCAAGAGCUGUCUUAAAAAAUGCUGAUAUCUUACUAUUAGAUGAACCAACAAAUCAUUUGGAUACCGUCAAUGUUGCUUGGUUAGUCGACUAUUUGAACACUUGUGGUAUUACUUCAAUUACAGUCUCUCACGAUUCUGGUUUCUUAGACAGAGUUUGUCAAUACAUUAUUCAUUACGAAGGUUUGAAGUUGAGAAAAUAUAAAGGUAAUUUAUCAGAAUUUGUUGAAAAAUGUCCGACUGCUAAAUCUUACUACGAAUUAGGUGCUUCUGAUUUAGAAUUUAGAUUCCCUGAACCAGGUUACUUAGAAGGUGUUAAGACCAAACAAAAAGCCAUUGUUAAAGUCUCUAAUAUGUCCUUCCAAUAUCCUGGUACAUCAAAACCCCAAAUCCAAGAUAUUAGUUUCCAAUGUUCAUUGUCUUCAAGAAUUGCUGUCAUCGGUCCAAAUGGUGCAGGUAAAUCAACAUUAAUCAAUGUCUUAACUGGUGAAUUGUUACCUACAACAGGUGAAGUGUACACUCAUGAAAACUGUAGAAUUGCAUACAUUAAACAACAUGCAUUUGCUCAUAUUGAAAGUCACCUUGAUAAGACCCCAUCAGAAUAUAUUCAAUGGAGAUUUCAAACUGGUGAAGAUAGGGAAACUAUGGAUAGAGCUAACAGACAAAUCAAUGAAGAUGAUGCUGAAGCUAUGAAUAAGAUCUUUAAGAUUGAAGGUACUCCAAGAAGAAUUGCUGGUGUACAUGCAAGACGUAAGUUUAAGAACACUUACGAAUACGAAUGUUCUUUCCUAUUAGGUGAAAACAUUGGUAUGAAAUCUGAAAGAUGGGUCCCAAUGAUGUCUGUUGAUAAUGCUUGGUUACCAAGAGGUGAAUUAAUUGAAUCUCAUGCUAAAUUAGUUGCAGAAGUUGAUAUGAAGGAAGCUCUAGCUUCUGGUCAAUUCCGCCCAUUAACAAGAAAGGAAAUUGAAGAGCAUUGUGCCAUGUUAGGUCUUGACGCUGAAAUCGUUUCUCAUUCCAGAAUUAGAGGCUUAUCAGGUGGUCAAAAAGUCAAAUUAGUCUUGGCCGCCGGUACGUGGCAAAGACCUCAUUUGAUCGUCUUAGAUGAACCAACCAAUUAUUUGGAUAGAGACUCUCUAGGUGCUCUAUCUAAAGCAUUAAAAGCUUUUGAAGGUGGUGUUGUUAUUAUUACUCACUCUGCAGAAUUCACCAAGGAUUUAACUGAAGAAGUUUGGGCCGUUAAAGACGGUAGAAUGACUCCAUCUGGUCAUAAUUGGGUUACUGGUCAAGGUACUGGUCCAAGAAUUGAAAAGAAGGAAGACGCAGAUGACAAAUUCGAUGCAAUGGGUAACAAGAUUUCCGGUGGUACGAAGAAGAAGAAAUUAUCUUCCGCCGAAUUAAGAAAGAAGAAGAAGGAAAGAAUGAAGAAGAAGAAGGAAAUGGGAGAUGAAUACGUCUCAUCAGGUGAAGAGGACUUUUAA